AUGGCAGAUAUGGGUUCGCAUGAUAAGAAAAAAAGAAAACGAGCAAAGAAAGGUGCCAGGGACCUUCGAUUUCAGGAUCUAGAGCUAGCUGGUGGACAGAGGAAGCAGAAGCGUAAGGAGUAAGUAAAUAUUUAAUGUUGAAGAUUUCUUUUUUCGUCAUAUAAUGUCCAUAAGAUUCAUUUAGAUUCUUGUAAUCUCCGAGUUAAUGUCACCCAAGACGUUGUUUUGGAACGGUUAAAGACAUAAUCUAUCAAUGAAAGAACUUGGUUACAAGUGGUUAUUGUUUCUUCUUUAAUUUUGAAGAAGCUUCCUUUGACACUUCAAGAAUAAUUUUAAAUGGGUAAUUCCCUAAUCUAUUUUUUGGUAGAGAAAGGGCGCAAUGCUUCUUUAGUCGCAUUAAAUCUGAUUGGGUUUUCUCUGAGUCAUGCUUUGUAGCAACUGUUGUUUUCUUUUCUUUGGACGAAUCGCAAAUAUGAAAGCUCAAGAAAGGUCCUCGUUUUUCUGCUUUGUUUACUCAUCUCUUCUUUUGUAAUUUACAUUCGUGCUAUUACGGAGCCAGACUUGUUUGAAAAUUAAGUAGAUUCUGUAUGUAACUUAAUGAACUGCUUUUAAGAGCUAUCUGUGAAUAAGAUAGUACAAGAGCCUUAGGUUUAUUUUGAAGGAUAAACCUGUGCUGAAAGCCUAGAUAAGCUGUGAAAGAAUUUGAGGUCUUGCUAUAGAUUCAAACUCACAGGAAAAUUUUGAUGUUAUCACAAUUUAUCCAUGUUUACCAUCUGUAUGAAAAGUUGGAUCAAGCAGUACGAGUGACAAUGUUUGUUCUUUAAUCGAGAUAUCUCAAGGUCAAGUUUUUCUGAAACAAAAUUUAUAAUAUUUUUUUCAAAUGUAAAUGAGCAACUUUCAAGGGGUUUCUCCAAAACAAGGGUUACCCAUUUCUAAUUUUGGAGGGUUGGCUCGUGCCCAAAAUGCAGAUAACUUGCUAGCAUAUUAGUUUCAUGCUUUGAAGGUUAAAAUUUACAAAGCUAUGUUUUUUUUUUUUGAUAAGAUCGAAAGCCGUUAUGCCCUGUUUUAGAUGCCUUCGGUUGAGUACUUGCUGAAUCUAAAACUGUGUUGCUUUCAAAACUUUCCUGUUCUUUGAGGUGGAUUACUUGUUGGGAGGUAGAUGGUGAACUUAGGGUGUUGCCUCGUUGUUGUCUUUCUCAUCAAAGUUCCUAACCAACAACUCAGUGCUCUUCUUCAAAUCAAAAUGGCCGAUGAUAUUGAUAACACUAUGUGCAUUUGGGUUACUGCGGGUUGGGUUCUCUUUUCCAUCUAAAUUAUGUUAUGCUGGAUCAUAUUGAUCAGGUACUUGAAAGCAAGAAAGAUAAAAAGCAAGAGAGCGAGGAACAGUGAAAGUUCAGAGUUUCCUGGCCGUCAGGAAGUUAAAUUUGGUGAAGUUGUCGAUGCUCCGCCGAAGCUAUCAUUUCCUAAGGUAUCGCCAACUACUUGCCCAUGCAGUUUAAUCUCCAUGUGAUCGUGGAUUUGAAAGUUCUCUGCCAUUUUUCCAGGGUUUAAAGACUGCCCUUGAUGCUUCGACUGAGAGGCGUCGUCUGCAGGCCAUUGAGGCAUAUCGGAGUCAGAAAGGAUGGGAAUCAAGACUUGGCAUCCAUCUCCCUCUCGUUUCCGAAGGGCAUUCUCAAUAG